UUUGAGCGGGUCCUCAGCGGCUGGUAUGGAGCUUUGUAAACAUACGAGCUCACCGAAUUAUCGCUACAGAAGCUAGCUAAAGACGAUUAUAGCUGAACGUUUGAAUGUUUUAUGACUACAAGACACAUUAUUGUCUGGGAAUAAUUCGGUAGGGCUUAGUUUGCUUUUGUAAAUUGACGUCUGUUUUAACCGUAAAGUAAGUGACGCUCCCCCAUAGUUCACCACCCAUAACUACUUUUCAGUUUUAGUCCAUCACUUCUUUCCAAAUAAAAGCGACAACAUGUCCAAGCGUGAGGCUUUCGUUGAAGCCGCCUGUAAGGAAAAUGUGGACGACUUCCUUCAGCUCAUCCAACUUCACAAGGACAAAACGGAUCCUUUUGACGCAGAGGAGGUGAUGCAGGAGAUGUCCAGGGACCAGCGUGAGGCUCUGUGGGGCAAACUGGCCUCGCUCCUUCGGGACUUUCUCCUGGAGGUGCCCCCUGAACGCUGGGAGGAGGCUACAGAUGCUGAGUCGGCUGUGGAUGCCAAACGUGUUGUGGCCGGUGUGACGCUUGUGGCCACCGUGUCGCUGAAGGUCCUGCAAGAUGGUGACACCUACAACGGCCUUCUACAAAUUGCCCACCAACUUCACGAUGUUCUGGUGUCACUUCCCGUGACGGAAGCUCAUGUGCUGCUCCACAUCCACAUGCUGUGCGAGGCCUGGUGGAAGAAAGACCUAAAGGACAAAGACAAGUUUGGUCGCACCGCUUUUGUCAUUGCUUUGAAGAAGAGCUUCCUUUUGGCGAAACCGGGCGCUGAGCUCCAAAGACUCUGGAGCCUCCACAAGGUGCUCUCGAAUGUGGACUACGCGUCCGAGUACGGCGAGCAGCUGGGCAAGCAGCUGGUGCAGUGUUUCCUGCGUCCCCCCUUCAUCCGUAACGACGAGGGCAAGAGGUUCAUGGUGUUUCUCUUCAGCUGGCACGUGGACUUCAUCCCGCUCAUCCACGGCACCAUCAAAAAUCAGCUGCAGUUUUUUAACAAGAUGACUGUGGCGCAUAUCACGGAGAUCUACUUCAGCGCGUGGAAGAAGGCCAGCGGCAGCUUCCUGGAGGUUAUCGAGAGCGAGUGCGUUCAGGACUUCAUGAAGUGCGCCAUCUUGAUCCGCAGGUCGUCACCCGUCCGCAACAAAGUCCAACAGAUUGUCUUCUAUUUCCACAAGAGGAAAGUCUACCGGCCAGUGGUAAAGAUGCUCAGUGCCCUCUACAAGCCCAUUCUUUGGAAAUAUCUCAAUGUCCCUAAUUUUGAGGUUCGCGCCAACGCCACCUUGCUGUUCACCGAUGCCUUCCCCAUCCUCGACCCCGAUCAGGAAAUUGAACAGGCAAUUCAAAAGCAACUGGACACACUCAUGGUGCUGCUGUUUGACAAACACCCCUGCGUCCGCUGCAACGCCAUCCUGGGCGUCUGCAAGAUCCUCGCCAGGUGCUGGGAUUUGCUGCCGGGGGUCAUCAUCGUUGACUUCCUGAAGAAGUUCGAGGAGCUGGCGGGGGAUUGUAGUUCAGGCGAAGUCCGCUGCGCUGUCUUCACGUAUCUGUGCAUGGUCUUGGACAAUGUGCUAAGCCAUCCCGUGCUGGAGAAGCUGGUGCCCAGGUUCAAGUACAGCCUCCACGACACCUCGGAGAAGGUCCGCGUGGCUUUUGUCGACAUGCUCCUCAAGCUCAAGGCGGUCGGUGCGGCCAAGUUCUGGGAUGUGUGCAGCCUGGACCACCUGGUGGUCCGCCUGGCCUCCGACAAGCCGCACGUGUCCAAGCGCCUUGCCGCACUGCUCUUCGACUCCUACUUCCCCGCCGACGCCACAGAGCGGGACUUGUGCGGCCGCUGCAUCUCCUUCAUCCAGAUGAACCCCGUGGCGGCCCGGAAGUUCUACCAGUAUGCCCACAUGCACACCGCCCCUGCUAAUAUAGUGAAGUUGAUGCUGGCCAUCCGCCGUAUCCUGAACAAAUGCAUCCAGAGCAACGGUGACAACACGGAGCAUACCGAAGGCAACAAGGAAAACAGCAUGCCUCUAGGCGAAAAUCCGCUGGGACUGGAGAAGGACGUGGUGGCCAGUCUACUGGAGGUGGUGGUCAUCCUGUGGAAGACGAUCAACAAGACGCUGCAUCACAACGAGGAGACGCAGAAGCAGGAUGAGCGAUGCCAAGAUGCCCUCAUCCAGAUGGCGUCCUACAUGCCCGCCAAUGCGGUGGCAACAUUUAGCUACGGCGUGCUGUCCCGCUUGAGGAAGAUGGACUCCGGAGCGCCGCCCUUGGAGUACGGCCAGCUGCUGGACUGCAUUUGCAGUUGGGGCAAGACCGCCGGCAUCAUUGAGCUCAUCAGCGACUGGCUCUCCGAAGCCCUGCCCAAGAAACGAGGGGAAAGUGCCAAGCGGAAGGUGACCAUCCAGGUGACGGCGAAGGCCAAGCCGUACCUGGCGCUGGCAUACUUGGACUACUUGCUCCUCCAUCCGUCCACGCGGGACAAAGUCCUAGCGCUCAGUCAGGGUCCACUCAAGCAGCUCCACACGCUUCUAGGGAACUGGAAGUCGCUGUUGUACUCUCACCUCAGCUCUUCCACUGAUGGCGUGGCCGGCGCGGACUUGGCCCUGAAGGUUUUCAUGUUUCACGCCCGCCUCAGCGUGCACCUGCAACACAAGCUGUCCGAAGGCCGUGAGUACCUGCUGUCUCUGGAGCACACUGCGACGUGGGUGGGCGAGAGGGUGCUGCCCUUCCUGGCCAACAGGCGUCAGGGAGACGGCGAUGAUGAGGCAGAGCAGUCCAGAGGGUUAGGGGCAGAGAUAACCAAGAGCUUCCUGUCAGUGUGCACGGACGUGCUCGUCUGUUUGGCCGACGACGACUUCAAGGCUCACGUCCUGCACCUGUGCUCGCUUGUCGUGCUCUCAGAAACGGGCUACCUGUGCAUUCCCGCCCUACUGCCAGUUCUGAAGGAGUUGACGGAGAGUUACCAACUGACAGGCGAGGAGCAGGAUGUCCCCACUAAGUGUUUGGUGGUGGUAGCGAACAUAUUCCAGAGCAUUAUAGAACUUUUAGCUCGUCGAUUUAAGAAAGAGCCGGAAGAGGGGAAACGGCUGUGCCAGUCGACUUUGAGCAGCCUCGCUGACUUCCUGCAAGUGGCUCAAGCCUGUAACCUCAGUGGCGUCUUCGACACCCUUUUCGCCAUCGUCAUCGUGGAGACCAGAUACACCCUCCAGAAGAUGACGCACCCCGAAGAGGUGGUGACUCCAGAGACCAUGGAAGACUUGCCUCCUCUGUCCGGCACCCUCUUGUCCGUCAUCCUCAAGUCGCCUCCAGUUGCCAGGGCCUUUUCGGCCGAGGUUCUCUCCUCACUGGAUUCUGACACCUUCGGCAGUCUGACUGAGCUGGCUGCUGUCGUGCAUCUCCUGGCGGUCCUGCGGCACGUGGGACAGUCCAAUGCGUGCUUGAAGAGAGCCGCCGUAACCGUGCAGCAGCAGAUACACACGCACGCAGAUGCAGGCGGUGACAUCCAAGGGGUCCUUUAUCAAUCUUCUGUGACAACGCUCAAUGAAAUCCUGACACAUUGGGCUGACUGAAAGAAAAAAAUACUUGAGCUCUCUGGAGUGGCUACAUUUCUCUAUUUUCUAUUUGUAUUAAAAGCAUGUAUUAUUUUUCAUGUAUACAUGAAAUGUUUGGGUGGGUGAUAAAAAUAUGUAUUUGGUGUCGUGUUCAUAUGGUAUCCAUGUGCUACUAUCCUACUAUAUGAGAUUUGCCGAAAAUGGCUGCUUCCAAAUAAAAGGGCUGACUUCCUGUUCAAUUUUG